UCUCCUACAGAGAACAUCAUAGAAUACAUGAUGAACAAUUCCCUAGGCAGGACAAAGAACUCGCUCCUCGUCCGCUACCAGAGGAUUUUGCCAUGAAGGGCCUUGUCUGGGUAGAUAAGUACUUCCCAGUAGAUUGGUUCAGCAACGACAAGAUCGACGAUGAUGAGAAGUAUUUUGAAGUCGCCUCUAUGACAGACGACCGCAAGGAGAGAAUCCUGUGGCUAGCUUGUCGGAUUGCGAAGCUCGGCAAGUGGCUCACUUACGAUGAGACGUUACAUGCCUUCUUCUUGUUAUCGAUAUGCAUCGCCUCAAAUGCAGUUGCGAGAUCGGUAUCUGGGCCAUCGAGGUUUAUAGGUCUCUUAGGUGAUGAAUUUUGGAGAGAAAGGAAAGACAUCGAAGCAGCCGCUGAAUUGUCGGAUCUACGCUCGGGCGGCUAUGCCAAAAUCCCACCUAUUCUGCCGUGGCGAUUCCUUUUUACGUAGAACAUCCGGGGUACGCUUAUUAUCUCCCGGCAAUAUCGUGACUCCGGCCCCGGCUUAAGAAAAUAGUCCCCGAUCUAUUUCUCGGUCACUGUCCUUGAUAACCCGCGCGGCAAGCCAAUUUGGAUAUUCAGAACAAAACUCAUUAAGAAAAAUGUAUCUGCCUGGCGCUUGAAAUGGUUUCGCCUAUACUUGCAAACUAUUAGUUCUUGCUUUAAAUUUUUGAAAGUUUAUAAAUUUUAAUUUAAUA